AUGGCGGCGAUACACGUGAAGGCCGGCGCAUCGACGUCCCUCCUCUCUUCCUUCACCACAAGAGCAUGCUGUAUGGUCAUCCACCUCCUCAGUAACCUGAAACACAGCUAACUGGCUACAGGCCUCAACACCGCCCUCAAAGCCCUCUGCUCCCAAGUUCAAUCCGCCUCCCAACAACGAACCUUCACCUCCACCCCUAGAACCCUCAACUGGCUGGCCCCAAAAGCAGGAGAAUCCAGCAAAUCCCGCAAAGGCCGCUGCAAAGUCCCCACGGGCGGUAGCAUCAAAGGCACGACCCUCGUGUGGGGCGAAUACGGUAUCCGCCUAAAAGACCACGACCGCCGCGUCUCCGCCGCCCAACUUAAAAUCGCCGAUGAAACAAUUAAAAAGCGUCUCCGUGGAUUGAAAUAUCGUCUCUAUCAUCGCGUAUCAGCCAAUAUCGGAGUGUAUACUUCUGGAAAUGACCAACGUAUGGGUAAAGGAAAGGGUUCUUUUGAUCAUUGGACCGCGAGGGUUCCGGUGAGCAGGAUUUUGUUUGAAUUGAAAGGAGAGAUUCAUGAACAGGUGGUUAAGGAUGCGUUUCGAUUGGCGGGGAAUAAAUUGCCUGGAAUGUACGAGUUUGUGAAGAAGGGAGAUCCGCCUGUCAUGGGGAUUACGAAGUUGGGAAAUGGAGUUACGGAGCAGCAGUUGAGGAGACCGAGACGGCAAAUACCCGCUCCGAGUUUGGAUUCUACUGCGAAUAGGAUUCCAGAGACGACGGCGAGGAGUGUAGCAUAG